CUCGGGCAGAGCUGUCGCCGCGCGAGCCGCUGCGUGCGUCGUCGAAGCUCUGCUCGCGGGGGGGCCGCGAAGCUUGCGCAGUCGGCACGGACGCCGCGCCAGCCGCCAGUGUCGGGGAGACGGCAGGACGAGCAGGAGGACCGAGGCGAGGCCAGCGACGAAUUUGCGUUGUGGCGAACUAAUAUGGGAGAAUGUCGGCCGCUCUGCUGCUGCCGCCGCCGCCGCCGCUGCUGCUGCUGCCGCUGCUGCUGCUGUCCGUCCUGCUCGCAGGAUGGCAGAGAGCACUAGCAGCGGAGCCAGCAGCAGCAGCGAGGAUGGCGCCGAAGGAGCGCAGCGUGAGCGUGGACCUGCAGGAGAACGUGACGCUGGUAUGCUCGGUGAACGGCGACGGCGCGCACAACCUGGGCGAGGGCAGCCGAGUGACGUGGAUCCGCGAGGGCCGCGAGGACGGCCAGAGUAGACGGCUGACCGUCCACGAGAACGGCCUGCUCAGCCUGUACAACGUGAGCAGCUUCGACUCGGGCAGCUACUACUGCACCCUCGAUGACCAGGACGCCAUCAGGGACAAGAUCCGCGUGCACGUGAGAACGCCGCCGCCCGCGCUGAAGAACGUCUGGGUGAAGCCCUCGACCAUCCUGGCCAACAUCCUGUGGGAGGUGGAGGGCAACGGCGGAUACCCCAUCAUUGACUUCACCGCCGAGUACGGCCUCAAGCCCGCGGCCGGCAACAGGACCGACUGGAAGCCCAUCAUGCCCACGCACAUCCCGCCUAACUCCAGGCAGAUCGACGUGUACCACCUGGAGCCCAACACCACCUACCGGUUCCGCGUGUGGGCCACCAACCAACUUGGCCGCGGCGACAUCGUCGAGGUGGAGGGCCACACGCACUUCAGCGACGAGGAGGCCGAGCUGCGCAAACACCUGCUGGCGGGCUUCGAGACCUUCGACACGCGCGUCUGGGUGGCGGCCGUCGGCAUUGUCAUGGGCACCCUCGUCGUGCUCGGCCUCGGCACCUGCUACCUGCUCUACCGCGAGUGCAAAGUACCCUCGCAGCUGGAGGAGCAGGAAGUGAUUGAGCUGGUGCCUAACAUCAUCCUAAAUCCAGGUUUCUUCGACGAGAGAACCGAGCGCAUACCCCAGGAUGAGAAUUUUAACACGCAAACGACCACGCGACUCAACAACAACAGCGUCGUGCAGCCAAGACGACUUUAGCGACUGAUCUAAAUUUUAACGAAAAAGCUCGUUUAAAAAAAAAAGAAAACAACCUUCGUUCGGGACUCGUUUUUAAGACUGCUGAAGGAUCCGAGGUAUAUAUUUAUAUAUAUAAUCGUAGCCUACAUACAAUUUUUAUUCGGUAUAAAUAAGGCUCAAUAUUGUCCGAUAGUUGGCCAAGUGUUCAAAACAAACCAUUCGCAAAAACAAACAAUGCAAAAGACUACCGGCGUCACGUAGGUUUUCCAAAAACGAAUUAGCGACUUUUUUGUAAAAAACAAAAGAAACAAAAGGCGAACGAGGCGCGAGAGCUUAUACGUCUCGAUUCACGAAUCUUUCAAACUCAUGCGUUGUUAGUAAGACUGUUUUUAAGAGUGAGAGAGAGAGAGAUGUAAGAUGUAGCGCAUUCCUAGGAAAGAUUGCACGCGUGAAAACGUACAUCUCUCUUUUUCUGCAUGACGAUCGCGAGAACUGAAAGGAAGAAGGAAGAAAUUCGAGCUCUCUUGUUGCGCGCGCAUUUAUAUAUGUAUAUAUCGUAUUGUAUUGCACACUGCUGAUUGCAUAUAUUGUAGCGCAGCAGAGAUGGGCUCUUGAUAAUUCAUAUGUUAGUGUCUUUUUUUCUUUUUAACCAAAGAAUGGUCACGAACGCGCGGAAAAUUAACUUACUGCGUUACUUAGGUUUAUAGAAUCACGCGUCGAUUUGUUUGUUUGUUUGUUUGCUUUUCUUUAUUGUUACUCGAUUUUUCGUUGAUGUAGUCGUUAAGACUUUUAACUAGUUGCUUAUAAGUUACACUUUAUCAGUAUUCGCGCGAGAAUAGCACACAUGCAUAGUUCGAGGCAAAAAACAGUAGGAUAAAACGCGGAAUAAGAAAAGUAACAUGAGAUCUAUUUGGAGAAAGAACAAAAAAGGAUUGCUUGAGAUUCAAUUACAAAGUGCCUGCUAAUGCUUUUUUCGUAAUGAUAAGUUACUUGGAUUUGCGUAUAAUUAGGGAUUUUUAAAAAUAUACGUAUAGUUUUUAUCCAUGACUUGAUAGCUGACUAUAGGUUGCGCGCGCUUGUGCCUCUGAGUUUCCUCCAUCGCGACGGCGUCGAAAGAGCAAGCUCAUGCAGAAAGUGAGUGGCGCAGGACGAAGCGAGCAAACCAAACCUUUUGUACGAGUACUAGCAACAAAAUGGUCGAUGGUCGGCCGCAAUGUGAAAUUCGAUCAGCAGCGCGCUAAAGUUAUUUUUACUGCCGUUUCUAAUUAAUGCUGUAUGCGUGGGUCAUCGCGAUUUUAUAAAAAAAAAUCAAGAAACAAACUAUUUGCACGCAGGCUUUUCAACGAUAGAUAAGAUUUUUUUACGAAACAAACGUAGAAAAAAAAGGAAAGAAAAAAUCAUACCGACGUCGUAAUGAACGAAAAUGCGCUCUUUCCUCUCGAUGAAAUACGACCGGAUAUCCCCCUCCCCCAACCCCAGCUCAACGCAUAUCAUGACGUAGUUAAAGAUCUCGUCGACUAGCGGCGUCGUAUAGACAAACUCAGCAAAAAACGAACAGCACGAAAAAAAUAUAUAAGAAGCUUGAUGAUCAAAGUUCACAACUUUUACUUUUUAUCUCUGGGAUGGUCGGUUAGCAAGGGAAAUCACGACUUUCCAUGAGCACGUAGUCGCGCAAUAAGGACUUUACAUAUUUCUCACUCUGGAUGUGAUGAAAAGUCGAGAUGAAAAAAAAACUUCGAGUACACACACUGUGAAAAUCGUGAUUUCGAGGGUCAUUUAUUACCCAUCGCUCAUUCAUUAUCAUCGUAAUGCAAGAGAAUCAAGCUGCAUCAAAAUAAAACUAAGUCAAAUACAGCUUUUGCUCGAGGUAGAUAAAGAAAAAAUAAAUAAAGGAUAAAAUAAAAGAAACGAAGUGAAUGUGUCGCAUAUAAUCCACCACUGUGCGCCAGGCAAUCAUCUGUAAAUCGAACAGCAAAGAGAAAAUAAUGCUGGCUCGGGUGCUUCAUGAGGGCUUCGGCAUGGCAGAGUCGAUUUCCACGUACAAGCCGCCCACACAGAAAUGAAAGUAAACAUAACAGGAAACAAUCGGAAAUCCGCGGAGCGAGUCGAGAGAAAUCGACUAGUCUCUGCCGUGCUCGCGGUAGACCGGCAAUAACGCUGGUAAAACGAAGAGCUUCGAUUUCAGCGAGAGCAAUAUAUAUAUAUGUAUAUGUAUCAUAGACUGCGUAAUACGAAACCAACUGUUUGGGAAAGUAUCAGUUUUCUGUCCGUUCGUUUUCAGUCUCCUCUUCGCGCGAACGCGAGAAUUAAUAUCGAGGUCGCGGUCGACAGCCGCGACUCGCGAUACCUGCCUCUUCGCUUCCAUUUGGUACGUUGUUUCCUGUCGCUGCUUGUCGUGUCGUCACUCGUUCCCCGUGCCACUGCGAGCUGAAGUCGCCUCGCGCCAGUCUACGCGAGCAGUGCGCCAUGUGGGUCGGUCGGCGCGCGCUCGCCUCGCAAACUUUUAAUCGCGAGCCCGGCCGUUGUGCUGCCUGUCUAGUGUCAUCGCGCUGUCGACCGACACGUUUUUUCGGCACAUUUUACAGCGAAGAUGUCGUAUGGUUAUUCGCAAUGAUGAAUUGUUUACGAGAAGAAAUUCCGUUGGUCGAGCAGCCUUUCAAGUCGACGCGUUUCGAUCACACGAUAACACUUGAUAGUCAGCGAACUGCCACUAAACCGGUGCAAAAGGAACGAGAACGCGCCAAGUGAUAUACAUAUACUCAAAACAGUUCCGCUCAUUUGGUUGUAAAGAAACAAUUAGCGGCUCGUCCGUGUCGAACACAGUACACAUUCAUGUACCUAUACUCAUUUGGUGCACACAGGUUGUAAUAACGAUCAAUUAAUCGGUUGUGCUUAGCGGCUUUAGUAAUCUCACGUCGAUUUGUUCAUUUUUAUCCUUUUCCGCGAGUAUAUAAUUGCAAGGUUGAAUAAGCUCGGUAGAGCUUCGUACUAUGCACUCUGUGUUGUGAAUGGUACUAUUAUAUUUGAUUGAUCGUAACAAACACGCUGACAAAAAUAAAGAAAGAAUAAAACUGGCAUAGUAAACCGACAAACUGAGAAAGAAAAACAAUAAUGAUAUAUAAAAGGUUAUAUAUAUAUACAUAUACAUGUAUAUAUGUAUAUAUAUACAGCCAAGACAUCGUAAUAUUUUAGCUAUUAAUAAGCAAAAGGACAAUUUUUUAUAAACAUAUACGAAGUAAUAAGAAAAUGAGACACGGAAAGGGAAAGAGCCGCAUUGAAUAUAAGAUAUUUACCUAUAUAUAUAUAUAUAUAUAUAUAUAUAUGUAAACUUAUAUGAUAAUGGCAAACAAAAAGUUUUAUCCUUUGAUACCAAAAAUAAAAGAAAAGGGAAGAAGCUUCGAGGCCGAGAGAAAGCAGUGAGUUUUUAGAUACUCGGUGGACUCUCGGCUUGAAAAGACCUUUGUAGCGAUCAUGUUCCUUGCCUUUGUUCGCUUAUUCGUUCGUUUACACUAGCUCGCGAAUGCCAACGGCCGGACGUGCACGCGCGACUACUCGAAAUCGACGUUCAGUAAAAUCCAAUGACGACGCCAAUUUUAUAUGAAUGUUAAUUUUUCGUACGUGAUGCCAGUGCUACACCCUGUCGAACGUGGGGUACGCUAAUUUUAAACUGCGCAAGGUUAAUUUCGAGUGGUCGCGUUUUUUGCUCGCCGACGUUGGCAGCUCCAAUCACCGUAUAUAGUCACUUUGUCGCAAGCGCGCUUUUGAGUUGACGCGAAGCACGCGGAGACGAAAGAUUUAAGUUUAGGCUGUCUAACGCGUUAACAAAUUGUAAAAUGUAAUAACAGAAAAAAAGAAAAUUAUUCUUGUAACUGACGGAACCAAGGGUUUUCGAAGUGAUAACAUGUAGGUUUUCUUAGAUCUCCCUCGCCUCACUUCAUCAUCAAAGACGCAAUACACUUUGAAUAUCUGCCAUUAGAUGACUUAUCGCGAAUCUCAAGAAAAAAACAAAUAGCAGCUAAAUGAACUAACAGCAGAAACUUUGAGUUACUAGAUGCGAAAGGAAAAUAGAGUAAAAAAUAAGAGAAAGCAAAGAACUAAAAUAGUAAUAAAAAAGAUGUUCAAAUUUAACCAACAAAUGAGAAUAUUUUAAUAUUUCGCAGUAAGCAAUGUUAACGGGAGAAAAUUUAAAUGAUAAUCUAUAUAAAGUAUGUUGAUAAAAUGGCAGAUGUUUCUUCACUCGCUCAUCCAUAUCAUCAUCAUUAUCAUCAUAUAGUAGUCUCGAAAGAGUAUACCUAUAUAACUACCUAAGAACCAAAAAGAAGGAAUGAAAAAAUGUAUAAGUUGGAAUAUUUUAAAGAGUUUUCUUCUAUUCCGUUGGGAUGCAUUUGCGUAUAUGCG